CCUGGGUCGUCGGCGAGCCGGCGCCAGGAACGGGCGCUAUGCAAGGCCUGCUGCCCCUCCUCUGCCGGCGUCUUCAGAGAGCCCUGGCUGCGGGAGCUCCGGGGAGGGUCAGGCUUUGCCAUGAGGCUCCGGCUCCCGCAGCUUCCGGAGGGAGCAAAGGCAGCGCCCAGCUAGGUGUACAACCUACCUUUGGCAUACUGUUUGAUAUCGAUGGAGUAUUGGUACGAGGAAAGACCCCAAUUCCUGCUGCCCGAAAAGCCUUUCAAAAACUACUUAAUUCUCAGGGACAACUUUUGGUGCCUGUAGUAUUUGUUACUAAUGCAGGAAAUUGUCUUUGUCAGAAGAAAGCAGACCAGCUGUCACAUCUUCUUGAAAUUCCAAUUUCCAAAGACCAAGUUAUGAUGUCCCACAGUCCUUUGCAAAUGUUCAAACGUUACCAUGACAAAUGUGUUCUUGUAUCAGGACAAGGCCCGCUCCUUGACAUCGCUGAGCAUCUUGGAUUUUGUCGGCCUAUUACAAUUGACAGGUUGCGAGAAACUUAUCCCUUAUUAGACAUGGUAGAUCAUGACAGAAAACCUAAAGUUUUGCACUUACCCACAAUGGAAUUUCCCAAAAUUGAAGCAGUUAUUUUGUUUGGUGAGCCAGUGAGGUGGGAAACCAACUUACAGUUGAUAAUAGAUGUUCUUUUGACAAAUGGCUAUCCUGGAAAUCCUUAUCAGAGAACUUAUCCACAUAUUCCUGUAUUGGCUUGUAAUAUGGAUUUGAUGUGGGCAGCUGAAGCUCAAUCCCCAAGAUUUGGGCAUGGAACAUUUAUGGUUUGUUUGGAAAAUAUUUAUAAGAAAAUCACUGGAAAAGAAUUGAAAUAUGAAGUAUUGAUGGGAAAGCCUAGUGAAGUGACUUACCACUAUGCAGAGUACCUCAUUAGGACUCAAGCAUCUGCAAAGCAGUGGACGAGCCCUAUUGAAACAUUGUAUGCCAUUGGGGAUAACCUGAUGACAGAUAUUUAUGGUGCUAAUCUUUACAACCGCUACCUUGAAGAGAAGAUCUCUAGAAGAAGUUCUAAGGCUCAUAUCCAGGCCAAAGCGCUGGGGGGCACGAGGUCUGCCACAGUUUCUCAGGAAGAGGAGAUUGAGAAUGCUUGGGAAAAUGAACUUGCAUCAGCUACUGCCACAAGAUGUAGCUCUGUUCUUGUUUGCACCGGAGUUUACAACCCUCACACAGAGGUGCCUUCUGAUACAAGGGUUACUGAGACUGUCUUCCAUGGGCACAGAGAUUUUAGAUUUGAUCCUGCUUUAGUAGAACCAAACCACAUAGUGUUAGAUGUUGAAGCUGCUGUUGAUCUCAUCUUCCAACUGGAAAACUUUGCACCACAUGAAAACUGCAAGACUUCCUAAUGGCUUUGGGAUACUGUUAGAUUCCUUUUCCUUCUGAAAAAUCUAGAUGGGUGCUUAAUAUCAAACACUCUCUAACAUACUAAUGUUUGUAUAAGUAACGUUUCUAUUACAUUUCUAAAAAACAGGACAGUAUAUCCCAUAUAUCUCCUUUCUGUACCCUGAUUUAUUUUAGUGACCAACACUGUUGUGAAUUGUACUUUUCAAUGAAUUGUCUUCUACAUACUGACUUCACUCCUAGUUCAGAGAUUCCAGUUUCCAGAUUUGAUCAUUGAUGUCAAACAUUACAUGUGUUUGGCAGUCAAAAUUGUAAAACAACACACUAUUAAGCUCCAUACAUUGCACUGAAUGUAUCCUCUUCCAAGGAAUUAAAAUGUGCCUAUCUGUACUAUCCAACUUUUUUCUUUAUUCCAUCUCCUUCCCUUGGAUCAAUGCUCUGUGUGAACCGCAAAAGCUGCAUGUUGAUGCUUUUCUUGUGUAUUCGGUUUGAGAUUAAAGGACAGAAUUCAUAAGUGAACAGAAAGGUUUUGCCAAGGCAGGUAUACACAUAAUCCAUUAAAAUGAAUGGGGUUUGCAGGACAGCAUAUAGAAUUUUGCUCAAAUCCCACUUUGAAUAAGCUUCCUAAAAUUGUUUACUGUCAGACUUUGCCCUUUGGGUUUUAUUAUUAAUCAUCCUGGUAUUUUUGCUGCAUUGAACAGCAGAAUUUAGCAGUUCCUUCCUUGAUCUUUUAGUUUCAACUUGAAACUCCACAAAGGCAAUCAGGAACUCCCUACUGAAGAUUUGUGUUUUGCUAAGAACACAGAUGCAAAGAAAUUCAUUUGGACAUCAUGUUUUUCUUCUCCUUCACACAUUCAUCUAAUUUAUUUCAGAUACUCUUCCAAUUUUCUGGUGAUUUUAAGGCAUACAUACAUGGAGCUGUAUGUUUGUAUGCUUUUCAUAUUAGUUUCUUUUUUAUUUCCUUUUUCAAAAUUUCAGGUCUUUUUUGUUUCACCUGGGUAAGACUUAGCUGCUUUUUUUUUUGUUUUUUAAACCUCCUGCUUUCCAUGCUGGCAUAGUUACGGACUUGGUGAUAGUAUAUAUGCUGCAGGUCAGGAAAAGAAUCUGAAUUUCCAACUUUACAGUAUAGAAAAUGUUCAAGCAUUCUGGAGAAAAUUGGACUUUCAAUUUUUCUUUUAACCUUUCUUAACCCUUACUUUUUUCAUUAAAAAACAACAACUGGGAAAUGUAUACAGAUGGCUAAACUUUCCAAAAUCUUGUUAAAAAAGAAAAAAAAAGAAAAUUCAGCGUUUUAAUUGGCAAUUGAAAUUACUACUGCUUGACAGUCUCCAUAUGAGUAACUGUAGGAAAGAUAUUAUGUUCUCCAAAUAAACUACCAGGUCUUCUGCAGAUCACUGCCACAAACUAUUGCAUUAAGCAGUAGCAUGUUCACAUGACUACAAGGAAGAGAUCAUUUAAUCACUUGGUCAAUCAUUACUGUUCUGAUGAUUUAUCUUUACAAAACUGAGUCUACGGAGUCCUAGACUAAAUAAAGCAAUGGGACAGAAAUUCAUCUGAUUAUACUUCAUUCCAGUUCAACACUCGCCUCUUAAAUGCAGUUUGUUUUACCUAACUCUAUACUGUCAGCUCCCACAAUUUUCAGAAAUUGGCAUGCUGAUUUACAAGAUCUGGAAGUUGGAAAUAGUAGUAUAUAGAAGAGACAGGGAUGGCAUCUUGUGUGCAGGAGUAUAGAACUAACUGAGUGGAGAACCUGAUGGUAUCAAAUAUCAAAGAAGUAAGACUGGUGGUAUGUGGCAAUCAACAAAAGACAACCGCAAUUUUUUGAAGCUGGAUGGAUGCAAACCUUGAUGGACACAGAGCUAAGAAAUAAAACCAGUGAGCAAUCACAGACUAUAUACAUAAUAUUACAUGUAGAGGGAAUAGAAAAACUUUGGGCCUUCAGAAGUUCAGAGACCAAAUAAGAUAGAUGAAUAUGAAAAAAGAAGAGAAGGAAGUCCAACCUGAAUGAAGCUGAGUUUGCUACCUUCCUGUAUUCGUUAGUUGGUACUUGACUCUGAUAUAUAACUGGAUAAUCAAAUGCCUAGAAAUAACAGAAAUCAGCAGGAACAUCAGAAGCUUUGUGCAAAGAUCAGUGGAACAAUGGAAGACACACUUGCUGGUCGAUAGUCUGGAAGAGAUUAACAUCAAGAGGAAUCUUUCAAGGAGACUAUCACUACAACUGUUUGUCAACAAUGCUGAAUAAGUAAUUGGUCACAAACUCAGCUUUGUAAGCAGUGUAUUUAGGAUUAAAUUUGGUGUGAAACACUAGAGAACACUAGAGAAAGAAGCCUACCUCCUAUCAUAUAUAGGACCAGGAUUUUUAUUCAACAAACACUUUUCAAGGUGUUUGCCCUUCUUUUUGAAUGAACAAGAUAAAUGGAUCAUUUUAUUCAUGAGCUAACAAUGUAAUUUAAGAAAGUGAGUAAUUUUAUCCCUGGGAAAAGCAUUGAAGUACAGUAGAUAUCCUGACAUAGUGUAGAUUGGAUUGUAAGAUCUUACAGACUAAGCAAUUUCUGAAUUAGUCUGUGAUCUGAACUAAAAGCCAAAAAUGAACUGAAAACCAAACUUAAGAGGCAACUGAUCCCCAGCUAUAAUAAUAAUGGUUAUAUAGUGAUUUAGAACUUAAUGUAUUUAAUGUGAUUUAGUUUUUUAAUCGCACAGUGACUAUGAAUAAAAUGGAUUUCUUUUUUGAAUGGGAGUGUCCACAUUUAACUUUUGAGUAGACAAUAGCUAUAGGAGUGGGAAAAAAUGACACUGUUCUAUUUUUUAAAAUAGGGAUUUUAACAGAAUUAAGCAUAUUUUAUAGUCUUUAAGAGUUUAUCACAGGUAAACAGGAAGAAACAGGCUAUUUCCAGGAACUUUUUUCUAGUCUUGCAAGCAUAUUUUCACACUUUUUUAAAUUAACCAAAUUCAAAAAGAAAUAUACACAAAAUUGUAAAACACUUAGAAAGGGUUUUCAUCACUUGCAUCCUUUCCAGGAGAAUGGGGACAAGUAUAGCAAAGCUUUGUACAGGUUGUUGAAGGCAAAAGUGUCUUAUAGUCACGGUAGCAAUAUGGAAUACACACAAUUGUCACUAAAUAUUAAGGGCUCAGGGGCUGAAGAGGCCUACUGCCAGCAAGCUAUUUUAGAAGGCGGGAGAUCAGAUUUAUCAUUUUAACCAGAAGCAUUGGUUGAAUGCUUUGACUUUUUAAAAACAAUACUUUUAUAUUAGAAUCUUGCUUUUAGUGUACAUGAGUGUAUUACAUUGAUUGAUUGAUUAAGGGCUAUCAGAAUGAUGUUGAUCAUUAGAGGUCAAUAUUGGUAGAUUCUUUAUAGGAUGAUCUGUCUUCACCUCAGCAUUUUAAGCUUCUCUGUGGUGUACUCAUUGCUGUCAUAAUUGAACCUAUCCUUCUUGAUCUAGUCCACUUCAUCCCAUUCUUCCAAGCCUUGUAGAUUUCUUAAGAAACUGGGUUUCCACGUAGUGUACAUGAACCCAGCUAUAAAUAGUUGUCACGAAGAGUACACAGCAAUUGUCAGUCAGCUCCAGUGUUCUAAGGCUUGAAAUUCAGCCACAGCUAUAAAAAGCAAUUGACCCACAAUUCUUUAAGUACAAACAUGUAUAUUUGGAGCGAUGAUUUGGAACUAAAGGUAUUCUUAAUGUUAUUAAUGUCAAUAAAACAUGAAUUAUUCAAAAAAGCACAUUCCAAAUGAAACUGUCCAGGUGCCAGAUAAGAGGUUCAGAGAAAGCAAUUUCUCUGCUUUAAUAGGAUUGUCUCUAAAUGUACAAGUUCAGCUCCUGAAUCCAAAAGAGUAUUAGUUUCUGUUCCUAUACAAAAUUUCAGAUUGAAAAUUGUCCUGAUAUCAAGAACAAUCACAUUAUAUUUGGGCACGGCCAAGCAGAAAUACCUUUUUCUCCCUCAUUGUUUUCCUGCAACUGCUGUCUGAAAGCAUGUUAUUCAAUUGACAAGAGAUCUGCCUUUUUCCUUAGCUAUACAAUUUUAUAGCUUUACUCAUUAUCACCCAAAGAUAAUGAAUAAUGAAAAAUUCAAUUUUUUUCAGACCGACUAAUCUGAAAAAUAGGAUUAAAAAAGUAGAUUCUAAAAUUGGUCUCUGAGUCCUUUCAUUCUCAUCCACUUUUAUUGAUACACAAUCAUUUUGGACAAACAGUUUGCAGAUGUGUUACUCUAGAAACUUCCCAUUUUUAUAAAGUGGCAGAAUAAGUAGUAUCACUUCAACUUUCACAUCAAGAUGAUACCUUAGAAAACAUGGUUGCCCAUUUAUUGAUUGAUUGCCCAUCUCAUGUCAAGGUGACUCUGGGCAUCUUAUUAAAAGCUAUAAAGCUGUAAAACAUAAAUAUUUCUAAAAACAAUAACCUACAAUUACAGUAAAAAGUAAAAUUACAAUUACAAUUAAAAAAUGAGUGAGAGAGCAAGAUGCACAGGGGGAAGUAGGAAUUUAAAGCUCUAUCAAACAAUAUCUGAAAUGCCCCAAACCUCUUUGAUAAAACCUCUUAUAUCUUAUUUUUCCUUCUUAGGUAAACUGAAGCCUGCAAAGUAAAAUUUAAUAUUUGUAAUGUACUUUAGCAGCUAUUUUUUUAAGAGCCAAAAGGAACGUUGGAAAACAAACAAAAUUCUCCCCACCCCCAGCAGAAUUAAAGAAAACAAAUAUCAAACCAAAUACUACUUAAAAAUAAAUAAAAACAUUAGAAUAAGUUGGCAAUUGUGUUGGCUAUUUAAAUGGCAUCAAAUAUGGGGCUUAUCACAAUGUAUAGUGCAACUGAAUAUGGAGAUGGUCAUCUUUUUCCAGUAUCCUGUGCCUCAUGGGGAAGCACUGAUACAAAUCAUAAUGAGGGCAAUUGAUAGUAUUAUCUGAAAUAUUUACCUGAGGUGGAUACGAAAAAGUAAUCUACCAAGUUUUGUAUUUACAAGUUUAGACAUACUCUAUUCUUUAAUAGCACCCCCGUUAAACAGCUUAUUAGCAUGCUGCAUCAUACUCAGGUUUAGUUUUGGCUUAAUGUUUAUAAGAACCAUUGGGUUUUAUAGAUUAAUGACAAAGCAUAGAUCAAGGAUAUGCAAGCUACAACCCCAAGACUUGUAGCCUUUAACACUCCCCCCCCCCGUCUUUCUGAGGUGUUGAAAGCUCUCCUGGUUGCAUUACUGAAUUUAAAGUUGUGACUGCUGAAAAUUGGCAGCAAUUUUCCAAUAUAAGAAAGGAAAUAUAGAAAAAUUAUGUUUUGCUUUUAUAAAUUGUAGAAUAGUUUUGAUUAUAUGCCAUCAAGUUGGUGUUGAUUCUUAGUGACCAUGUUAAAUAGAUUUUCUCCAGGGGAGAUCUCUCUCCAAUCUGAUUCUUCCAGUCUUCCAACUGUGCACUGAUUGCUGUUAUAAUUGAGUCCAGCCACCUUUUGCUGCCAUCCCUUUUCUCUGUGUUAUAGACUCCUGCAGAAAGCUACAUUUUUGUAUAUGUCCAAAAUGUGAUUUGUGUCAUUUGUGCCUCAAAUAAAUUCUCUGGGUUGAUCUGUUCGAUUAGCCAUUUAUUUUCUUGGCUAUGCACGGGACUGUCAGUAAUCUUUUCCAAUACUGAAGUUAAAAAAUGUCAAUAUUCAUUCUAUCCGCUUUUUUCAAAGUCCUACUUUUGCACCCAUAGAAAGUCACAAGGAAAACUACUACCUGAUUUAUUCUACACUUAGUAAUAUAGACAACUUAUGGACAACUUUUCCAAGGCCUUCAUUGCUAUUCAACCAAGUACUAGUCCAUGGCAUAUUUCUUGACUGCUGAAAAUCACAUUACUACUGUUAAAAACAAAACAUAAAAAUGCUGUACAAAAUUCAGUCUGCCAACUGUGGAUUUUGUUUUCCUCCAAAUUAUUAAAAGCUGUGAUCCUUGACAGAAUAUGUGUGGACAUAGUCAUUAUUGCUGCAAUCAGCUGGGAAGUGAUGAAGAUAUUUAUCACUGUGGCCAUGGCUUGAUCCAUCCUCUUUCCCAAUGGACAGAAGGUUUUUUGGGUGGCGGGGGAAGAAUGAAAUUCUUGUAAUUCUUUUGAUUUCAAUAUUUAUUUGCUUUGCUGAUUGAACUAAAUAACCCGAGGUGGAGGUGGUGGUUAAUUAAGAAAGACACAAUGUAAUAGCCAAAUGAUCAUUUUAAUUAUACACAGUACAAUGUAUUUGCUACAGAUUUUGCUAUAUUUUACCAAAAGUAAUUUCAUAGUUUUUAAAAAUAUUUUUUUUAAUAAAUCCAUAAAUAGGUGCCAGUAAAAUGUCAACAUUGAUACUCUGUUCCCUUGUAACCUUAUUUUCACCUCUUCUAGUAAACUGUGUAAGGGAAAACAAGAUAGAUGGGCCUCUAUGUUUGUUCCCAGAAGCCUUAUUACAAGCAAUAAAACUGUUUUCAAAAAAUGGAGAACAAUUCAAUAAUAUCAGAAUUCUUCAAACCCUUUGGAAAUGAAGUAGUGAAUUCAAUAUGAAUUGGUGCUUUAUCUUACUAAGUGUAUGAACCAGCUAGUAGAAAAGCUGCCUGUCCUUAGGACAAGAGAUUUUAAAAGUCAGGCUAUACCAGUUAGUUAGGCACAAUUACUGCACAGAGCGUAUGAUGGACCUUUAUUAGCCCACCUCAUUAAAAGUUUUCUCUAAAAAAACAGCCCUCACUUCCAAAAUUGUCAGGUGCUCUAUCAGACUUCAGCCAAUGCUAUAUUUAUCGACACAAAUCUCUACCAUUAGAACCCAUCCUAGCAAUACUUGCACCUGUCCUAUUACACCUUUCCACAGAUUCUGCCAUCGAGUUAUAGCUUAGCUUAAAAGCAAUGAGGCGAUAAUAGACACAUAAAUGCUGAAAUCUUAUUCUUAGUAAAACAGCUAACAUCAAUAUGUUUCCAAAUCGUCUUUUCAGAAGUAGGAAAGUAAUUGAGAAAGGAAGAGCAUUUCAGAGCAGAGAGAGACAGCAAGAUAAAGAGUAACCCAGUUACUUUCUUCCUCUCCUUUAUCACUCGUAGGUUCUGACAGCGUUAGAGGUCAGAUUAGCCAGGAUAUGUAAACUCAACUAGGGAUGCUACUAGGAUUGCCCCAGUCACACCACCAGUACUGGCUCUUGUAUUUAAACAUGCAUAAUAAUACCAAUCUUAAGGAACUUGUACCUUAUUGAUCAUGGCAGAAAUCAGUCAAUUGCAAAUGUGCCCAAUCUUUGUUAAACUCUGGUGUGUGUGUGGGCAUGCAAACAAAAUGUAUAUUUUACACGUGGCCUUUCAUUUUUAGGCAGAACUAUUUAUAAGGCACAAACUCCCUAUUUAAAGUAAAGCUCACUACAUUUCUCCACAGAACAUAUUUUUUUGUAUUUUUGAGUUAGACACUAGGUUGGCCAGAUAAAAAAAAAUGCCAGCAGCCUACAUAUCCUAUCCUAAUCCAGAGACAGAUGUGUUCUCUGAUGUCUGAGAGUGGCUGGAGGUUUGUAUUUUAUCUGCACUGCAAGAUCACUAUCAGCUUUGAACGUUCAUCUCUAUGAAGAUGCACAUUUGGUCACGAAUUCUCCGUGUAGCUUCUGAUUCAACAAAUAAAUCUGUGAAAGAAGGUUUGAUCCAACACAUACAUUUAAUUUAUAGAAUUUAGGGCAGGGGUUAUCCUCAGUUGAAGACUGUUUAUUAACUGAGUAAACAAACCUAACAAUUUGAGAACUUGAGAAAAUAGGCAGACCUUAAAAACCCAGGAUCACUCAAACAUUAUUUCUGGGAGAAGAAAUAGGACAAGCUUCUCUACACUUUAUCAUAUUUCAAAUACCUGAAGAUCCUAUGUUAAUUUUUUAGUACAGCCAUUCGCUGUGAUCGAUACAUUAAAAGCAUGCCUGUGAAUUAUACAUGACCUUUAUUUUCCAAAAUGCAACGGAAGAGGUAAGUUAUGAUCUAAUAAGCAUUUUAUGUAACCACAAAUAUUCCAGAUUGCCUCAGUAUUUAUGACACUGUAAAUAUCUAUCCUAGCUAUAAGAUAAAUUGGAAUUUAGGAUUUCAAGCACCAUGAGGGAGGCAGAUUAUGAUCUUAUACUUUGUUAUAUUCACAAAAAAUGUCAAAUGAUUUAAAAGGAACUGAUCUUCAAGUCUGAAACUCAGAAUAAAGGAUGAUGUCACCUCCAUAAUUAUGUAAACUAGAAAUCAAUGCACAGAACCAAUGCCAUUAUCAUAUCUAGGUCAGGAAAUCCAAGGAAGGUUGAAGAUAGGCAGACAUAAAUUCUGCUGGUUAGUUUGAAAGGACUUUAGAGAAAUUGGUGCAUAAUCUGACUAUAUUUACAUUUUUAAAUCUUUGUCAAAGAUGUGAAAAGACAUUGUACAUUAGAAAAGGAGAAAUAGGACAAAGUUCUUUCUUUUCCCUUGCUCCAUGAGAAGCAUAUGAUUUCUCUCAACAUUUUACAGGUGUGCGAAGAGGUGUGCAGAAGUCUCUUCUGUUCUACAUGCUUGUAUGUAACAUGAAAACUGAGAUUGCAUAAUUGGUUGUAUGUAGAUUAGAUCAUCUGCUAUGUCAUCUGAUACGCUCUUUUAAUCUGUUGCAGUAGUGAUGUUGCAGACAUAACUAGACAUGUGUACUUAUGUACUUCUGAUAUUUCCACAUUCCAGACAUUUUGUAAAGCCCAAAGGGAAAGGGCUAGAGGAAAUACAUUUUUCAAAUUUUAACAUUUUUCCAUUAAAGUAACUUUGUACAGUAUUAUAAAUAAAUACAUAAUGCAGCUGUCUUUUUUAAAUUCAGUAUCUUUUAAAUUAACUGAAAUUUUAAUAUUUUUAUAAAUAAAUUAUCUUUCAUAGAACAAAAAAACCCCAAUACUUGUUGAUUCUAUUUUUUUCCUGUAUUGCCAAGUCUAGAUGUCAUCCUAUAAACAAUUAAAUUAAGAUGUAAGUGUACAUUUUCUGUAAUAUAUGUUUUCUCCUGACCUCGUGAUGGUGGUAGCAGUGGUGUAUUCCGAGAAGGGUGAGCGAAGAACACUAAUUCAAGGCAUGAAGGCCAUCCAACUGUCUAGCUAAUGAGAGAAGGCAACUAUAUCAAGCAACAAUGAUAGAGCAAGAGGCUGGAGUUGGAUGAUCACUUUAGUGCCAAGAGCAAAUUCAGAGUUUCACAGUGCACAAGAGAAAGCAAUAGUAAGCCAGCCUUGUACUUUACCAAGGAAGCCAUAUGGAUAGACAAUAUAAAGUGCUGAAUGAUGGUUGAUCUCUCAGAUUGGAUGGCAUUCAACAUAUGACUGAGAAAGAGCUAUUUAGCAUUGCUAAUGUUUAAUGGUAUUUAUGAAAGAAUUAAAAAUCUGGGGGCAUCUAUUUGUAGGUGCUUCCAUGCAGAAAAAGAAAAUAUAAAAAAUAUAAAAAUAUAAGACAGAAUUAUGAUAGGAACAAUGGAAAUAAAUACGAACACAGGAAAGCUCAACAUAAUGAAAAAUGAAGUUAAUCUUUACACUUUUAACACCUUAAGCAUCAGCAGACUAAGAUAGACUGUAACUGCACAGUUUUUCAAUCAGUUACCUAGGUACAAUCCAAUUAAUGACCAAAUAAUAUCAGUCAGAUUUGUAGACAUUUAAAAUGACAUCCAAAUUAUACUCCAAUCACUAAUGCAAAACAGGAGGGGGUUGAUGGAUGUUAUGGUCAAGUUCAAUAUGAAUUUGAUAGAAUAUGCAAACAAAAUGUGUCAGCUGUGGCUGGAAACUAAGAUGCCAAAGCUGGAAAUAGUAAAGCAGAAAAUGUAGUUGUACUAUAUGACCUAGGAAACUGAAUGAAACAAAAGAAUGACUUAUCAGUCAUUGCUUACAUAGUAUUCAAAACACCAACAGAAGAAACCUACCAUCAGAAUGCAUAUUGGAAAUUUCCAAAAAGGGAAGAGAAGCCCAAGUCAAGAAAGAUAAAUUUUCCAGAACAAACUUAACAAAGAUGUUUAUGGAGAUUCUCAGUCAUCCAGGUCAGGUUAUCCCAGAGGUGCUUUUUCAAAAGGUAACUGGAUUUUCUUUGUUUUUCCUUGAAGAUGUUUUGCUUCUCAUCCAGUGGACUGAAGAAGCUUUUUGAAUGAAAAAAAUAAAUGUCUUCAAGGAAAAACAAAGAAAGUCCAGUUACCUUUUGAAAACGCACAUUUGGGACAACUUAACAAAGAAUUUCAGAGAACCAUUCAAAGAGAUAAAGAAUAGGUUUACAAAGAUAAUUGGUAAAGAUACUGAAGCUGGAAGUAGAAAAAUCCAAGGAAUACCAAACCAAAAUAAACAUGUGCUUUUAUUUUGCAUAUAAAAAGGCUCUCACUUAUGUCAACUAUAUUAUGCUAUGAAAUGUGUUUAAAAUAAAUAGGAACCUCAGAAUAUCUCAUUGCUCUCAUAAAAAAA